AUGUGGCCACGUGGUGUCAUGCUAUGGCUUACCUUGAUCUGGAGAUCGGUUGCAGGACAGAUGGUCGUCGAUGCGCAUGGACGCCUUGUUCCAGUUCAGGAGCACUUGACAGCCACUGCGCUCGCCCCAGUGAUUCGAAAGGGCAUCCCAACAGAUUGGCCUCGCCCGACGCCAGUGCCAUCGCACGAGGAUGCUGGUGUCCCCGAUGUGAGGCCUCCUGAGCUUGAAAGAGAGGCUCAGAUAGCACCAUUGCGCUCUGAACCCUUCGAGAAGCCAGCAGAGGUGAAAAGAUCUUGGUUGUCGCGGCAUGGAACUGAUCUUCUGAUCGUCACCUCGGGUGCUUUCCUGGUCCCGGCACAACGGGCUGGACGCCAUGGUCUCAACUGGUUCAGUGUGAUCUUCGCAUCCCAGGCCGUGAUCUGUGGAAUUUAUCACUACUGCGACCAACAUCGGGUAGGGACGGAGCUGAAUGGCCCUGUGUGUUCGGACCAAAGCUAUCGCUUUUGGCAUUUGGCAGAUCAUGGCAUGGCAUACUUUGUGAUGCUGCAGAUGGGAUUUCUGCUCCUGGGCCCGGAAGAUCCAAUCUUGCGACGUUUUUCCCCUUGGACCAGCGUCGAGCAUCCACCCUUCGCUGGAAAUGCCGGUGAAUGUCAUGAGCCUGAUGCAACAGGAAGUGAACAGGGCAUUCUUGGCCAAUGGCAAACAGUUUCGGCCACACGGCUGUGCCCUGGUUUCCUCAUGUUCCUGGUGAUCUGGCGAGCAGCCAGGGGAGAGCAUGUGAUUGGCAGUCCUGCCUUCCAUGUGGUAUUAGGCACCUUAUGUUGUCUUCUCUUCCUUUUCGCCCAAAGUGCCUUUUGGCUGCUGCGGCGGAGCGUGGCGACACAAGCCUUGCAGAUGAAACAAGCGUGGUUCAGAGCUUUGCUGUGCAUUUGCUCUGUGAUCAUUGCCACCAUGAUGUUCGUGGCGAUGCAACUCGUGGCCAACGAUGGUACCAAGGUGGGCAUGGGCGGCGCAAAAGCUUUCGCACAUUCGGCUUGGCAUGCCUUGAGGCCUUUCGGAUUGAUUUGGAGCGCUUCCAGGGACACCACUUCAAGCAAACGGUGAGUGGCAACAUGGGCUGAAACCAUGGGCGGACUGACUACGAAAUGUAGUUCGAACUGCAGAAACGUUGCCGAGUUGAAAACCUUGCGAAGGACAUGGCUGGG